CGUUCCAGAAGACAUCCGAUAAUGCCUAGUACGUGUCGCAUUAAUCUUAUUAAUGCAACGCAAGUCGUGUGAGUCAACCAUCGCGCACUUAUCAGUCAUGUGUCGCGGGCAAAAAUCUCACUCGGGACAUCCCGCACUUUUUGUACUUACUUAAAAUUCCCUCGACUAGCGCGAACUCAAUCUUACGACUAGUGGCCCCAGCAUCGAUCUCUCGGUUCGUAUAAGAUCUCAUUGCUGAUCCCCCACGCACCGUCUGCAUUAAUCGCGCGCGUCAUCGGCAUAUAUUACGAAGAAAAAAUUCGCACACUCGUAUAGAUUCUCUCUUGUAGACAAUCGUCGCUCGUCACUCGAGAUAGUCAGUUUACAAGAGCUCUUUGCGUACGCAUUUGCGGCGUUAAUUUAUGACAAUGGCCGAUAAAAACAAUGUCGAGCUCCAAUCGACAGAAAAAUCUACGUCGAGAAUUGCACGUAACGAUUCCACUAAAAGUAUUGUAAGCUCCGAAAACGGAGAGCUGAGAUGUAGCGCUCAACGUAUAUUUAUCUCUGCAAUGGACGCGAUUAACCAUGCACUGAUCAUAGCAGUAACGGCGUACCUUGUGUAUUACUCGGCGAAGAAAUAUGCCGUAACAAAUAUACACGUAAUCCUCUGCACUAUCGGGUACGUUCUGUUGAUGUCGGAGGCCUUUGUUGUCCUGGCGAGUGAUAAUAUUCUGACUUGUCGUCUCUCGCGUCAGGCCAACAAACAUCUCCACUGGAUCCUGCAAGCUGUGGGACUGAUCUUCAAUUUGGUGGGUGUGGGCCUGAUGAUCAACGCCAAAACGGUCCACUUCCGUUCGAUUCACGGUAUCACGGGCUUUGCCUCCCUGGUGAUUGUAUGCGUAGUAACGAUCUUUGGGUAUCCGGUAUGGAUCGCGUGGAAGCUGCGCAAGUUCGUGCGGCCGGUUGUUACCAAGUUUCUGCACAAUUUUCUGGGCACCGCCGGCUUCGUCAUCGGUAUGGUCUCGCAAUGUUACGGUUACAGAAAGAAAUGGAUUUAUUAUAUGGGGGAAGUAGAGUACGCCGACGAUGUUAUACUUGUUCUUACGGCGUUGAUCACGAUACUAUCCCUGAGAGGCGCACUCUGUUCUCUCUUUAGCCAGGCCGUCGGUUCCUUAAGAUUACUUUGCUCUUCUGUCUCGUAAAAGAAUGUUAUUACCCAAUUCAUCGUUUAAGAAAAAAAUUAUCGUAAAUCUUAUUUUAUUUAUUUUUUUUUACGGU